UUACCAACACUCUCCACCCUCCUCUCUCUCUCUCUCUCUCUCUCUCUCUCUCCUCCCCUCUCUCUCUCUCUCUCUCUCUGUCUUCUGUUAUACAGUCGAAGUCGAAAAGCCAUCACCACAUUGGCUUUUUUUUGCCUUUUGUUUCUGUGUUCGUAUGCAAUUGUCUACGUCUACUGCUGCUUCUGCUCCCUCUUCUAACUACCUGUAAAUGGGGGGGGAGGAAAUGGAAUCAUACUUUGAAUUCCUUGUUAUCAUUUGAUAAACCACUUCUUCUUCUUGCUCUUCUCUCUCUCUCUCUCUCUCUCUCUCUCUCUCUCUCUCAGCUUUUCUCUCUCCUUCACUCUCUGAAAUUUUCCUCCAAGCCAAACAUGAUUUUCUUCUUUUCUGUUCAUCUCCUCUUUUUGCUUUCUGGGUUCCCUUCAAAACAUCAAAACUCCUUGAAAUGAUUUGAAUUUCGCCUCCCCAUUUCAAAUUUCCCCUUUCUGCUUUCUGGGUUCUCCUCACUUCUCCCAUUUGGUUACUCAUUUUCUUGUUUUUUAUUAUCUUGUCAAUUUUUCUUUUGGGACUGCUUAUCUGGGAAGCACUUUUUCUUGAGUAAUUCUGGGGAACAUUCAUGGAAAUUGAUCUGAACCAUGCAGUGAGGGAGGUGGAGAAGAAUGCUUAUUGCAAUGGGGAUUGUGGCGGUGUUUGUGUUUAUUGCUUGUCCUCUUCAACUUCUUCAUCUUCUUCCAAUUCAUCCUCAGCUCCUGUGGCUUCCUCAAUUUAUCUGGAGCUUUGGCAUGCUUGUGCUGGCCCUCUCAUCUCACUCCCCAAGAAGGGGAAUGUGGUUGUCUACUUCCCACAAGGCCACUUGGAGCAAGUUGCCUCCUCCUCUCCUUUCUCUCCCAUGGAGAUGCCCACCUUUGAUCUCCACCCUCAGAUCUUCUGCAAGGUUGUGAAUGUCCAGCUGCUUGCUAACAAGGAGAAUGAUGAGGUCUACACACAUGUCACCUUGCUUCCUCAGCCUGAGUUGGUAGGAACAAAUUUGGAAGGGAAAGGGCUUGAAGAGGUGGGAGUGGAUGAGGGGGGGGGAUCACCUACAAAAUCAACCCCUCACAUGUUCUGCAAAACGCUUACAGCUUCUGAUACCAGUACACACGGAGGGUUUUCCGUUCCUCGGAGAGCUGCUGAAGACUGCUUUCCUCCAUUGGACUAUAAACAGCAGAGGCCAUCUCAAGAACUUGUUGCAAAGGACCUACACGGGGUAGAGUGGAGGUUUCGACAUAUUUAUAGAGGUCAGCCAAGGCGACAUCUGCUUACUACAGGAUGGAGUAUUUUCAUAAGCCAAAAGAAUCUUGUAGCGGGGGAUGCUGUGCUAUUUUUGAGGGGUGAAAAUGGAGAGCUGAGGUUGGGAAUUAGAAGAGCUGUUCGACCUAGAAAUGGUCUUCCUGAUUCUGUUGUAGGCAACCAGAAUUCGUACCCCAGUGUUCUUUCUCUCGUGGCUAAUGCGAUAUCCACCAAGAGCAUGUUUCAUGUAUUCUACAGUCCAAGGGCAAGCCAUGCAGAAUUUGUCAUUCCCUACCAAAAAUAUGUCAGAAGCAUCGCUAAUCCGGUGACUAUGGGGAAUAGAUUCAAAAUGAGAUUUGAUAGGGAUGAUUCAUCUGAAAGAAGGUGUAGCGGUGUAGUGACUGGUAUCACCGACUUGGAUCCGUUUCGAUGGCCAAACUCAAAAUGGAGAUGCUUGAUGGUCAGAUGGGAUGAAGAUAUAGGAAAUGAUCAUCAAGAAAGAGUCUCGCCGUGGGAGGUUGAUCCUUCUGUUUCUCUCCCACCUUUGAGCAUCCAGUCUUCUCCAAGACUGAAGAAACUGCGGACAAGUCUGCAGGGAACCCCACCCGUCCACUCCAUCACUGCUGGAGGGGCUGGGUUUAAGGACUUUGAGGAAUCAGUUAAAUCCUCUAAGGUCUUGCAAGGUCAAGAAAAUAUAGGUUUCAUAUCACCCCUCUACGGGGGUGAUACUGUAAACCGCCCGCAAGAUUUUAAGAUGCAUGCUUCGGCACAUCUAAGUCUUGCAUCAAAUGCAACACAGAAGGCUAGUAUUGAUGAGCUUAUGAGGGCUCACCGCACCCCCUACACAGGAUUUGCGGAAUCAGAUAGAUUUCCAAAAGUCUUGCAAGGUCAAGAAAUAUGCCCAUUGAGAUCGUUGACAGGAAAAGCAAAUUUCACCCUGGGUGAUUGGGAAUCCAACAAUGGUUGCGCACCUUUCAACGUUUAUCAACCGCCCAAACCAAAUUAUUUCUCUCUAGCUUCUGGAUCCCUUCCAAAUAUGUACUUUCCUUAUGGUGACAUUCACAGAGCUGGCCAAGAUCCCACAAUGUGCUCUAAUGCUACUAACUUAGCCAGAGAGAAAGUGCAAAUCAACCCAUAUUCUAUGCAGAUGGGAGUUGCGAGAAAUGAAGUUGGAAGGCCAAAUAAACCUAGUGAGCAUAAGACACAGGAGAGUACUUCUACCCUUCCCGCUUUAGUGCCAAUUCCAAGAAAUCCAAAUGAUAAAGACUAUAACGGGACUGUUACUGGGUGUAAACUUUUUGGUUUUUCCUUGACUGGGGACAAUCCCUCUCCAAACUCUCAGAGUUCCAGUAAGCGGAGUUGUACAAAGGUUCACAAGCAAGGCAGCUUAGUGGGAAGAGCCAUUGAUCUCGCAAAACUGAAUGGCUAUGGUGACCUGCUGACCGAACUGGAGCGGCUGUUUGGCAUGGAAGGCCUUCUUCGAGAUUCUGAUAAAGGAUGGCGGAUCUUGUACACUGAUAGUGAGAACGAUAUGAUGGUUGUUGGGGAUGACCCAUGGCAUGAGUUUUGCAAUGUGGUCUCCAAAAUCCAUAUAUAUACCCAGGAAGAAGUGGAGAAGAUGACCAUCGGAAUGAUCAGCGAUGAUACUCAAAGUUGUUUGGAACAAGCGCCAGUCAUGCUUGAAGUGUCAAAGUCCUCAUCCGUGAGCCAGCCGGAUGCUUCUCCGACGGCUGUCCGGGUCUAAAAAUAAUGAAAUUCAGGGUGGUCAUUGUGAUGUUGUAAUCUUAUAUCUGCAUAUGCAAAUAAUGCACACCAGAACCUAAUUAUGUAUUUGAUGGAGUUCCUAGUCCUAUGUUAUGUAGUUGCGGUUGUCUUAGUCUUGAAAACGAGACAUGUUUGGCCUUCCGGAGAUUGACGUCUUUCCGAUUGACGUUUGAUUAUGUAGUACUGUAACUUUUUAUGAGUAUAAAUUGUUGAUGUGUGCUAUUA